CCGGGCCCACUUGAAUGAGCGGGGCUGUGAUUAGGCAGCCGUAAGCCUCGCAGUCGAGCUUCGAUAUCGAAGUGAAGCGAUUCACCAACCCGACCCGGGACCAUCUGGCUGCUACCAGCUCCGCCAUGACCCCCACCUGGACCCUCUGCGGCGGGCUGCUGCUCGUGGCCGCCCUGGCCUCGUGCCCGGCCGACGCGCGCCUCCCGGCAUCGUCACGACUGUCCACCGCCCGCGCGGCCGGCGCCGCCACCGCGCUGGCCGCCGCGCCCCGCUCCGACCCCAAGAAGUGUCUGGCCGACCUGUGGUGGGGACUCAAGGACUCGGCCAGCCUCGUAGUGGAGACAACCGAGGGAUGCAUCGGCGAGAAACUGGACACGUGGAGGUUCCUGCUGGACGACAUGAAGCAGUUCGCCCGAAGGGUGGGCGCCGAGCUGAAGGCGGCCGGCCGCAAGUGUCUUGAGAAACCGAUGAGCUGCCUCUCCCAGCUGGCGGACGUGGCGCGGAGCGAGCUCCAGCCCCUGGCCGACCUGGUGUGGCGCACCGUCAAGGCCCUCAUCACCCUCGGCUUCUCCGCCACUUUCGAGCUCUUCGGUUGCAUCUUCCUACCGGCCAUCUUGCCCGCCGUGUGGCAGACCCUGAUGGACAUAAUCAUUUUCGGCGAGUGCCUGAUCACCAGGAACUGAACGUAAAGUAAGGGCUGGAAAUAAAAAUAAAUAUUUUAUUUCAUUGA